GUUUUAGAUUUUAACAAUUGAAUUAAUAUUUUAUGCCAGAAAUAUUAACAAAAUGUUUAAUUGUAUUUUUUGAUCAAAAUUUAUAAAUAAAUUCAUUAGUUUGUUUAAUAAUUGUUUAAUAUAAUUUUAUAAUUUUUUUUAUUAUAUCCAUGUACUUAAAUACAGGUGUAAAAUUCAAUAGUGUUUAUUAAAAUGAAACAUUGUCAUAUUGUCAUGAUUUAUUAAUUAUGUAUAAAUAAUAAUAAUGUAAAAUAUUGCAAGUAUAAAUGUAAAAUUACUGGCAAUAUGAAUGAAACUUAUUAAGAUUUAAAAAUAUGCCAGUAUUAAUAAAUUAUUAGAUACAAAUGGCAAUAAUUGUUCCUAAGUUAAAGUUAAGAACAAUAUUUGCCAUGAUUAUUUUGGAGUUGUUAACAAAUUAAAAUAUUUGUAUAUAUUAAUUGUGUGUAUAAUGUUCAUUAUGCAUACUUAAAAAUUAACUUUGUAAGUAUACUUUAUAUAAUACACUAAAAAUCUACAUAUUUUUACUUUUAUAAUUAUAGUGUAACUUUAUUUAUCAUUUCCCUUUGUAGAUCUUUUAAUAAUGUUUGCAAUAUGUAUAAUGUAAAGAGUAUAAUAAAUUAAAAAAUAAUAAAUUAUAAAUAUAAUGAAAUGUUAUGGUUAUAUAAAUAUAAUCAAAUGAUUGGAAUAAAAAUUAAGUGAAAUUUGGAAUUAAAAUGAAAUAUUCUAUGUUCUUGUACAUUACCAAUUUAUUUUAAUUUACAUCUUUAUAAAACUAUGAUAUGUCUACAAAAUCUAAUAUGAACUAUAGGUUAUCUAAUGUUGAUAUCCAAAAUUUAAUCUAUUUUUUUAAAAUCAGCAUUUGAAUAUAAAAUAAUUUAAGAAAAAUAAAUCUUGACUGAAAUAAGAAUAAUUAUAUGUUUUAGGAUUUUUAAUCGAAUAUUCUAUCUCCAAAGACAAGAUUGCAUUUUAAUGUGUACAAGAAUAAUCGCAUAGAAAGAAUACGAAUUUAAAAAUAAUUAAAUUAUUACACAUAUGAAAACAUUUUGAAUAUAUACGAAAUAGUCAUUAAUUAAAAAUUAUUGUAUCAUGACUUGUAAAAAUACUUACAUAUAUGAAUAAAUUUCUGAGUGUACUAUACAAUUAUUUUGUUUUAAUGAAAUGUGUAAAAAAUUUAUGGCAAUAUCAAAUUUAUAAAAUUUAUUAAAAUAUUUUAUUUAGUAUUUUACAGUUACUUAUUCUAGAUAAUUUCAAAAUAUUUUUUUUUAUUAUAAAAUAAAAUUGUAUCAAAUUACAUUUUUCUUAUUACACUAUUUUAUUUUUUUAAUAUGUUGAAUUUUUUUUAUUUUAAGAUUAUAUUCUAUUUUAAAAUAAAAAUAUAAAUCUUGUAUUUUAAUAUUGUUGAAAUCUCUCUCUCUCUCUCUCUCUCUCUCUCUCUCUCUCUCUCUCUCUCUCUCUCUCUCGAUUAUAUUGUAAUUUAUAAUUUAAUUAUUUUAUAUAAUUAAAUAUAUAUAUUUUAUUAUCUAAAAUUAUUUAUAAAAUAUAUUUACAAUUAUAUAUAAUUACUUUAAAAAAUAUUUUUCAAAGUAUUUUAUUUUUGAUAUUUCUAAUAGUUCAAAGAUAAUAUUUCGAUUUUUUGCAAAUAAUUUGAAUUGACAAAAGUAGAAAAUUUACCGAAAUUUUAAUUAUCGCAAACCAAAUAAGCAAAAACAAAGUAUAUGUUAUAUAUGUUAUUACUUAUACGACAUCUAUUUAUUCUUUCUUAUAUACCCUAAAUUAAAAAAUUUGGUGACAUUGACAGCGUAUACGGUAAAGGAAAGUAUUGUGUAUAAUUUAUUGAUAUUUUUAUUAUUUUGUCAAAAUGGAACUUAAAUUAUUGGAAAGAAUAGAAAAACUUGGGUAUAAUGGUCAACUGAUAGAACCUAAUAAAUUCAAAGAAGCCUUAAAACAAGGUCCAAAAUCACCAGAAUUUACAAAACUUGUAGCAUGGUUAGCACAUGAGAUUGCAUUAUUAAAUGAUAUGGAUGAAACUAUUCAUGCAAUUGUGUCACCAGAUGAUUCUAGUUCUUUCUUAUUAGAAUUAAGCUGUUUUCUUAAGGAAUUAGGAUGUAUGAAUGAGAGAUUAAUGACUGGUAAUGUUAAUACAAGAUUGACAACUAAACAAGAUACAUAUAUCUUAUUAGAUUUUUUGGGAGCAGAAUUAAAAACUUGCAGAUUAUUAGAAUUCAGAAAACAUAAAAAUUUAAAUUCCACUGCUGUUGUUGUUGAAGAGAGUGAUACAGCUAAGGAUCUUAAAGAUAUGUUAAUAGCUUUAAAUUUUGAAAAACCACCAAAUGAUAUUACUUCAGAAAAGCUUUUCACAAGACUGGAGAACAAAUUGACUGAAGUAUUAAAAAUAGCUCCUUCUGAACUCGUAGGACAACCAUUAAUUACUCAUGAAUUCUCAGAAGCAGAUUGGAAAGAUCUUCAACAUAUACAACAAGAAUUACAUGAUGAGUAUAGAGUACGCCGUGAUAUGUUGCUCAAAAGACUUGAUGUAACAGUGCAAUCUUUCCUAUGGUCAGAUAGAGUUAAAGCUCAAGAGGCUGAAUUAAAUAGACGUUAUGAAGAAACUAGAAAAUUUUUAAAUGCAGAACCAGACAUUACAAUUGCUGAUUUAUUAGCAGCAAGAGAUGAUAUUGCAUUAAUGGAAAAAACAAGCAAUGCAAGUGUUAGAAAAAAUACUCAAAGUGAAAUUAAUAAAGUUAUUAUAGGAGAAGUACCAGAUAGAGGUGGAAGACCAUAUGAACAAGAACCACCACCACCUGAAAUGCCACCUUGGCAAAAAGAUAGAGUACCAGGACCUUCAACUAGUGGAGGUCGAGGAAGUGGAGGCAAUAGAGGUGGUGGUCGUGGAAGAGGCAAUUUUCAAAAUUCUAAUGCUACUUAUAUCAAUGAUAAUAGAAAUUCAUAUAGUGGUCAUGGAGAUAGUGGACAUCAAAGUUCAAAUUUUGCUCCUAAUAGUGGUGGAUACAGUGGACAAGGAGGAAAACAAGGAGGUAGUUAUGGAGGAGGAUAUGGAGGACAAGGAGGAGGAUAUGGAGGAGGAUAUGGAGGAGGAUAUGGAGGAGGACAAGGAGGAGGAUAUGGAGGAGGAUAUGGAGGAGGACAAGGAGGAGGAUAUGGAGCAGGACAAGGAGGAGGAUAUGGAGGAGGUCAAGGAGGAUAUGGAAGUGGAUUUGGAAGUGGUGGAAAUAAUAGUUAUAGUGGAGAUAAUAGAGAUGGAGGAUAUGGUCAUCGAUACUGUAAUCCAGGUAAUAUAGGACCUACAUCUCAAUCCGAGUAUAAAAGUGGACAACAAUAUCAAAGAGGAGGUUCUAGUGGUCGAGGAAGAGGAGGUAGAGUUCAAGGAGGAUGGAAUCAAGGAAUAGAUAAUUAUCAACGUGGCGGAUAUAAUCGUGGUGGAGGCCAAGGAGGACGACAAUAUUAAAAUAUUUUGUGUAAUGUAUUUAUUAUGAAUGUAAUAUUAAUAGUAAAAGAUAUUUGCAUCACAGAGCAUAAUAAUUAAUAUCAAUGAAUUUCUAUAUAACAAAUGCUUAAAAUUUAUAUAUCUAACAUUGUUUUAAACAUUAUAUAAGUUAAAUAAUAAAAUAAUUAAAGAUAAAAUGCAAAUAUUAAUUCUAAACUAAAAAAUGAAUAAAAAACAUUGAUAUUAUUCAUAGAAACAUAAAUAAUUUACUCUUAUAUGAAUUAAAGUAAUUAAAGUAAUCAUUGUAUCCUAUUUUAUAAGACUUUCUUGUGUUCUGAAUAUUAAUUUUGGCUAUGUAUUACUUUGAAUUUUAUAAAUAUGCAUUCUUUUGUAUAAUGAAGAAAUAGUGAAUAUGUUGAAAUUAAUGUAAUUAUACAAUGUAAUAUGUAAGAAAACAAAAUUUAAAUUAUUUAAUUGUAUAAUAUUUAUCAAAUAUAUACGUAUAUAUUAUAAUUACUGAA